AGAUGAUUGUAGGGAUUGCAUCUAUGCAAUUCUGUUCUGGGUGUCACACAUCUUGCAGUCAGUCAAUUGCUUCUGCAUCAAAAGAACAAAAUGAAAUCUCCUGCACUGGGUUUCCAGUGCUAAGUUUUCAAUUUUAUAUUUAAAACAUUUUCUUCCUGUUACCCGACGGGGAAAAUGGCUGCUAAUUGACCUGGGCUACACCGCACUCAAAAAAAUAAUGAACAACUGUGUUCAAUGAAACUGUGGGAACAAGCUAAAAUGUAUCAGCACCCUCUUUGUGGUCCAAGGCCCAUGUUUUAGAGCUAAUCCCCGUCUAGAAAGAGGAUCAUCAGGCUCCAGUUCUGUCACGGGUUGGUGUGGGAGUGUAAGUUUUUGAACUGGGAUUAGCUGAGACACUGUCGCAUAUUACCGGCAGCAAAGAGCUCUGGUGCUUGCGAUACAAUCUUGGGAUGUGGUUUCCAGGAAUAUGGGACUGGCAGUGUUUGGGCUUCGGUCCACGUUGGUGCUUUUUCAGAUGCGGCUGGAUGUUCCUCCUUCCGCAAUGAAGCAGACGUCUCAGGUGGCUGGAUAUUGGUAGCGCGAAUCUCUCAGUGUGAGAUGCGGGAACACCCAGUGUGAGAUGUGGAAAAGAUGUGCGGGCUGUGACCCUCUGAGGUUGGAUCCUGGGACACCACCCAUGUCUAAAUCAGAUAAAGUGAAUCAGGGAAUCAAGUUGUCAGGGUUUAUGAGAAGUUGAGCGAGUAUUUCUGUUCUGUGCUCAGAUGUUUGGUUCUGAAGUCUCUUUGGAAGCAAAGCAGAGAAUGAGUUCCCAUUCCAUCCCUCACAGAGAGAGGCUGUGAUUAAAUUUGCACCAGUAGACAUAGACCGGGGUUUCAGAAAUCAAUUCACGUUUUGAAGUUCCCCCUCAUUCUCACCUGUCUAUCUGCCAGUGGGAGCCAAACAGAAACGCAAGAUGCUGAAGAUGGAACAGAACAUGGAACAGUACAUCACAGGAACAGGCCCUUCGGCCACAAUGGUGUGCCAGACCAGCUGAAAAAUAAAUCAACCCCCGCCCCCGUAAAAUCUAGGGUUGUUGCAGGUGGGGUGAAGUUGGGGCGGCAGUGAUUAUUUACACCAACUGAAUAACAACAAGCCUGGAUACAUUGGGAAUGGAGAGUAUGUCUGGAUUAGACGGAGAGUCUGGAAUCUGAGAGUGCUGCCUCAGGAUAAAGAAACUUCACUUUCAAACAUUACUUCAGCCAAAGGUUGUUUGAUCUGUGGAAUUUAUCACCACAAACAGUGGUGGAGGCUAUCGUUGGGUAUAUUCAUGUUCUGGAUUGACAAAUAGGUUGAGAAUUAUAGCAGGAAGCAAGAAUACGGUGUUGGAAAGUAAUCCUCCAUGAUUGAUUAGAGAGCAGACUAGAAUGACUUUAUCACAUAAUUCUCCUGUUAUAAAUUAUGACUUGUAUCUUAUACUAUGACUGAAUGAUGACUUCCUUGUAUUCCAUCACGAGCAAGAGAAAAUCUUCAGAUGCUGGAAAUCCAAGCAACAGCCACAAAACGCUGGAGGAACUAAGCAGCUGGAAGAGAGGAACGUUGACAUCCAGAUGCUGCCUGGCCUGAUGAGUUCCUCCAGCAUUUUGUCUGUGUUCCUUUGUAUCCCAUAUCAGGUUUUGUAAAGUUUGAGGGACAGUUACUGAUUUCUUCACUCGGAUCAUGACAUAUGCGUUCAAAAUUUAAAUGUCAGGUUAACGCUUUGUUCUCGUUUGUUUUAGUAACAUAAUUCAUUACUUCUUUCGUUGAAGUUAGACCUGUGGUGAGAGAUUUAUUGGAAGAGACGCCCACAACUGGAUGCAAACCACAACUGAAAACAAGGGAACAGCAACAAGUGAACCAGCCCGAGGACGGAGAUCAUCAAUUCGACAGAACCCUUCUGACUCGGAGUUCCCAUUAAUUCAGUCAGGAGAAAGUUCGGUCAUUGCCAGCAGGUGGGGCGUGCUUCCACCCGGACGGCAGACAAACAGACGAUAAUCAACCAACGUCAGUCAGAGUCAGAAUGGACACGGAUCUGAACUCCGCCAUCUCCACCUUCCUGUCAAAUUGUGACGAUCACCAACUGUUUCGGUUGACGAGAUUCUACAUGGAGCGACUGGAGCAGGCGAUUGAGGAGGGCGUGGAGGGAGUCAGCUUCAUGUUAAUGGGCGAGGAUCACUUCACCGGGCAGGAGUAUCACAGCGUGACUGAGCUCGCGGAGAAGGGAAACCGAGCGGGCGCUUCCAAACAACUCCUGGAUCUGGUGAUGGAGAAGGGCUCCGGGGCCCGGAGGGUGAUGUGGGAAUCCUUUGUGAAACUGCACCACCAUUUACCGAAGCUGAGCAGAAUAUUGAAUGAAAUACGGGAGCGAGGUGACGGCCAGUUCGCCUACAUGGACACUGAGCGGGGUUUAUCUGAAGUGCCCACGCAUCUGGAAGAUGUUCAACAGAAACACAAGGAGACUCUGCGGGCACAAACUGAAACACUGAGAGUGAACACGAUCCUGAUGAGGGAGAAGGUGAAGGUUUUCCAGCUGGAUGAUCGAUACGCUGAGCUCACGGUCAUUUCUACUGUUCGAGAUCGGACACUGGUGGAACAUGAGCUGCUGGCAAGAGGCAGAGAUCACGAGGAGUGGAGAGAAAAAGAUCUCCGUGGUAAGCUAGAAAAAAUCCGGACUGAUCAGUUAUUCAAGAAGAGUUUUGUUCAAAAAUUGAAAAGAUCUAUCUUUAGAAACAAAUCAGGGAUGUCCGCAGCAGUGGCCGGAGUCCCAGGGAUCGGGAAAACAACAAUGGUACAAAAGAUUGUUUACGACUGGGCCACGGGGAAGAUAUACCAACAAUUCCAGUUUGUCUUCAGUUUCAAAUUCCGGGAUUUAAACACCAUUAACUGUGGAAUAAACCUGAAAGAACUGAUUCUGCAUCAUUACCCCUACUUUGGGAAUAUGCUGGGAGAGGUCUGGAAACACACAGAGGGACUGCUGUUCAUAUUCGAUGGGUUGGAUGAAUUCAAGGACAAAAUCAACUUUGUUGAUGGUCGGAGAGACACAGAAUCACAGUACACAGAUCCUGAAUUCAAGUGCAAGGUGUCUGACAUUGUGUACAGUUUAAUCCAGGGCAAGCUGCUCCCAGGGUGUUCAGUGCUGGUGACCACCCGCCCCACCGCGUUACAUUUAUUGGAAAAGGCAGAGAUCAGUGUCUGGGCUGAAAUCCUGGGAUUUGUUGGUGAGGAACGGAAGGAAUAUUUCAUCAGGUAUUUUGAAGAUCAGAUUGUGGCGGAAGCUGUUUUCAAACACGUGAAGGAGAACGAGAUCCUGUACACCAUGAGCUACAACCCUUCCUACUGCUGGAUCCUCGCUCUGGCUCUGGGCCCCUUCUUCACACAAAGAGUCAGGGACCCGCUGCGUGUUCCCAAGACCAUUAGCCAACU